UCACAGGGAAGCGACUCUACAUGCUGUAGAAAGACAGGAAGGACCCAUAAAGAUGCCUCCGAAAGGGAAAGGCGGCGGCAAAGCGGCAAAAGGAGGAGCAUCUUCUGGCAGUGACACAGCGGACAAGAAAGCUCAGGGGCCAAAAGGAGGAGGCAGUUCCGUGAAGGUGAGGCAUAUUCUUUGUGAGAAACACAGCAGAGCUCUGGAAGCCUUGGAGAAAAUCAAAGCUGGAGUACGUUUCAGUGAGGUCGCUGCGCAGUAUAGUGAAGAUAAAGCCAGGCAAGGGGGAGAUCUGGGCUGGAUGACUAGAGGCUCCAUGGUGGGGCCCUUCCAGGAGGCAGCGUUUGCUUUGCCCGUCAGCAGCAUGGACAAACCGGUGUACACUGAUCCCCCAGUUAAAACCAAGUUUGGAUAUCACAUAAUCAUGGUGGAAGGGCGGAAAUAGUAAACGUUAAACGCUA